CCACCCACCUUCUCACCCGUAGCCCCUGGCCAAGCGGUGUCGCCUCCAGCCUAGAGAUGCCGCCAAGAUGCCUGAGAGCGCCUGGAAGUUUCUCUUCUACCUGGGUGCCUGGAGCUACAGCGCCUACCUGCUCUUCGGCACCGACUACCCCUUCUUUCACGACCCACCCUCUGUGUUCUACGACUGGACGUCGGGCAUGGCGGUACCACGGGACAUCGCAGCCGCCUACCUGCUGCAGGGAAGCUUUUACGGCCAUUCCAUCUAUGCCACGCUGUACAUGGACGCCUGGCGCAAGGACUCAGUGGUCAUGCUCGUCCACCAUGUGGUCACCCUGGUCCUCAUCGUCUCCUCCUAUGCCUUCCGGUACCACAAUGUGGGCAUCCUCGUGCUCUUCCUGCAUGACAUUAGCGACGUGCAGCUGGAAUUUACCAAGCUCAAUGUCUACUUCAAGUCUCGCGGAGGCUCCCACCACAGGCUCCAUGCGCUGGCCUCCGACCUGGGCUGCCUCAGCUUCUGCCUCAGCUGGUUCUGGUUCCGCCUCUACUGGUUCCCGCUCAAGGUUCUGUACGCCACGUGUCACUGCAGCCUGCGCUCAGUGCCUGACAUCCCCUUCUACUUCUUCUUCAAUGCGCUCCUUCUGUUGCUCACCCUCAUGAACCUCUACUGGUUCCUGUACAUCGUGGCCUUUGCUGCCAAGGUGCUGACGGGCCAGGUACGCGAACUGAAGGACGUCCGGGAGUACGACGCGGCAGAGGCCCAGAGCCCCAAGGCCAGCAAAGCUGAGAAGCCGCUGAGGAAUGGCCUGGUGAGAGACAAGCGCUUCUGAACUCCUCGACCGCCUUCGCAUCCCCUAGGAC